AUGGUGCAUAACGUAUUACAAACGGUAAUAGAAGGGAUGCUGGUGGUCGCCUACUCCUUCAUUUUGUAUAUUAUAAUCACAUCUAAAUUGAAAACCUUCGAAAACGCAUUCUAUUUGAUGUUCGUGGCAACAGGAAUUGCGGACGUGCUCUCCAUCCUCACAAGUUGCUUCCAACGCCUCAAUCGUGAACUUCCCUUGGGUCCGGAAUAUAAUUGGGUGGUUUCAGCAGCAAUGGUGAUUAGUGGAACAACAUUUCUCACUCAUAUGAUCGGGAAUAUGCUUAUCACAAUCAACCGAUAUUCUGCACUCUGCCUCAUCAAAAUUUAUGACAAGGUCAGCUACAAAAACAGCAAUUUGAUCCUAUGUUCAGCAAGUUCUACAGAGUCCCUCUAA